AUGGCCUGCUGUCAAACCAGCUUCUGUGGAUUUCCCAGCUGCUCCUGUGGGACCUGUGGCCCCAGCUGCUGCCAGCCAACCUGCUGCCAGACCAGCUGCUGCCAGCCAACCUGCUGCCAGACCAGCUGCUGUGGCACCAGCUGUGGCACUGGCUGUGGCCAGGAUGGUGGCUGUGGAGGUGUGAGCUGCCGCACCAGGUGGUGCCGCCCUGACUGCCGCGUGGAGGACACCUGCCUGCCCCCCUGCUGCGUGGUGAGCUGCACCCCCCCAACCUGCUGCCAGCUGCACCAUGCCCAGGCCGCCUGCUGCCGCCCGUCCUACUGUGGACAGUCCUGCUGCCGUCCAGCCUGCUGCUGCUACUGCUGUGAGCCCACCUGCUGUGAGCCCACUUGUUGA